CGCCGCUGUCUCACCACUGACACCAAAACAGCUGAGGAAACUUGACUGGUGAAACCGGACAUUUUCACGGAUUUCGAAAGGGAUUUGUUUAGCGGCCAUGCAGAAAAAGCCCAUCAACGCUAACUCCCUGCUGGACAAGCUGCAUCGCGGCGCCGUCUACGCCUGCAUCGGGGUCACCUUGUAUGGAACCUACAUCCUGGGGAUGCGCUACUACCACUACUACACGGUCAUCCGGCCGGAGAAGCAGCAGGCGGAGCUGAAGCUCCUCGACGAGGGGGCCCACGACAAGGCCAAGGAGCUGAAGUACUAGGGUCCACCCUCUUCCCUCCUCCGCCCCCCUAUUUAAUUGUUAAAUGUCUGUUAAGCGCAAUAAAUUGUAAGGAAAUGUAAGCAUUUUCAGCUGAAAAGGCCAA